GUCCUGUUAUGCAACAACUGACCUACUAACAUACAUUUAGAGACUCAGAGAGAAGCACUGAGAGUGAGAGAGAGAGAGAAAGAGGAAAUAGAGAGAGAGGAGGGGGGGGAUCGAGGCAAACAUGACAUGUGUAACGCAUUGAAAACAAGUCCCACUGUGUUCGCACUCGCAUAUACCUGCACUAAUGAGAGAGCUGGUGUUUGGAAAGUGACGGACGGUGUACUGGUGUUAUGUGGAUGUGGAUGAGAGCGCCAGCUGAUGCUCCAAGUGGGUGCUUUUGUACAGGAUAUUUUCUGACAAAAAAGGUAAUUUUGUUUCACCAUUUAUAACUGCAUAUUGACAUUUUCAUUUUAGACAUGACUGCUCAUUUGAUUGUUUUGCUCUUGAGCAUUUUUGCAUACAUAAAUAUAUAUAUAUUGUAACUCCACGAGUGUUUGUUUUGGUGCUUGCUUGCAUUUUACGCACUGUCAAUGCAAGAUGUACCCCAGUUUGGAGAAAUAUGGGCCUGUGUGUCAAAAGGGGGGAGUGUGUGAGGGGAGGGAGGGAAGUUGGUUGCCAAAGAAGUUGCGAUGUGGUGAUGGACACGGGAGUGGUAUGGUGGUAUACUACAUGGGGGGAGUGCCGUUGUCGUUUUGAGGCAGGGUCCCAACUUGCUGUUUUGUUGUGACGCGUAACACACAGCCAUACAUUAUCAUUUUUAGUAGGCUUGUAUGUUCAGGGGUCUGCAUACUGUGUUUAUUCCAGGUUGACUACUUAAUUAUUAUUAUUAUUAUUGUUGUUGUUGUUAUUAUUAUUAUUAUUAUUAUUAUUGUUAUUAUUAUUGUUAUUAUUAUUAUUAUUGUUAUUAUUAUGUAGUCGUGAAGUGCCUUUUUGUUGCAGAUGCUUCCUUUAGUACUCGCCCUGUUUUGGGUUAGUAGGCUAGUCAGACAACUGGAAAAAUCCCAUGCAGGCUCCGAGGACACACUUCUCUCCGUCACGUGUAGCAGCUCUUUGUAAAGGUUAAAGCGGCUGUGCAGCCCUCUGGGUUAACCCUUUAGUCGCCGAUUCGUCUGAAGGAGCACAACACAAUCCAGAGCACAGCGACAGACAUGAUCAUCCGUCCCCUGGAUACAUGUGGACAUUACGCGUUUACUUCUUUGGCUUUUCUUUACAUGCCGGACAGGUCUUUUUUUUUACGGUAGAACCGGGAAGGAUGAAGAAUGGUAAAGUUCACGGGCUCUGCUGAGUGCACGCGCUGCCAGGUGAGCUGAUCGGAACAUCUGGAUCAAAUGUGGGUCAUGCGUGUGUCCGUAUUUCUGAGCAGUUUUGUGAACAGAAAAUGUGUGCGUUAUCAUUCUCGAGAGUGCGGUUGUUGGAGGUGUGUGGUUUAUUUGUUAAGAUGUGCGUAUUUUUAGUGAUUUUUUAGGGCAAAGUUGGGUUCACGCACCUCCUCUGUUGACUGAUGAUCGGAUUAAACAUGCAUGAGGGCGAUUUGUCAGACAGUGCAACAAAGGAGGCAUGCGGGGUAACAUAUUUCUCACAUUGUGCUGCUAUGUGAGGGGGUAACUUGCUUUGCGCGCAGACAUGGACUCAAAAUUAAAAUCAUAUUUCAGCAUUUACUGAGACUUUGUGCUGCCGUGUCCAACUCUGUCAGGAUGUAGUCCAACACGAGCUCAGCUGGGACAGAAAAUGUAGAGAAAUUUAAAACUAAUUGGAAACAUUUUUUUUGUAAACGUGUCGCCUAUAUGACACACUUUUUUGGAGAAAGGAACUCCAUCUUGGCCUCAUUUUUCCACACCGGCUUUGUGGUUUUGUACACUGCACGUGCCGUAGUCAUCAUGGUCAUUUCCUCUGCUUUAACGCAUCACAAGCGAGAAAAGUUUAUAAUAUUAUAAAAGAAAUCUAACUGUGAUCUGCAUGGUGAUUCCUUAGAUGUAAGUGAUAUUUCAAGGUGUCCAAAACAGCGUGUGCGUCCUCAAUUGGAUGAUGUAUGACUGGAAGCAUUUCUACAAAAAUUUGCGUGUGCCAUAUUUGUUUAAGUACAUCAUAUAGGAGGCAUUGCGGGCGUAACGCAGGUUGCAUAAUAUAUAUGAAUUAAAUAAUUAAAGUGGAUUAAAGAAGGGGCAGAUUACGCAACCGCCAGAAAGCCCGUAGACUGUGGCUAUGCAGGGCUGCACUGUGCUGCUGCUGCGGAGCGGCCGCUGCCAAUUGGUUGGCAAACAGUGGGUCUCUAUGCCAGCCGUGAAUGUAGGUCACAUUGGGCCCUGUGGGGAGGGGAGUGACGCUCAACCGCCACUGACUAUCCAUCAAUCAGUCAAUCUUUAUUUAUGUAGCGCCAACUCACAACAAGUGUUAUAAAAAAAAAAGGAGAUAAGAAAUGCAGAAACCAAAACCUUACUAAAAUAAAUUCCCUCCCCCGCCAUAACAAAGACACGACAGCCAUGCGGAAAUAGAGACAGAGGACUGGCACACAAGCCUCUCACUUCUUUAAACUCAUAUCUUUUGUUUAAGAUAGCCUAUGGAGAAGACCCUUUUAAAGUAUUUUUAACCCUAUUACAUCACAGAGGUGCACUGCAGAGACAACAUGUUCUUGAGGUUUAAGACAGCUUUCCUAAAUAAAACUGUGGGAGGGGAGUGAGGGGCGCAGUUUACAUCCUGUCCCACUUUAUGGCCUCUUGACUUUCUCCGGGUUUCCUGGCACAUGUAAGAUGAUAAAAGAUGAGGGCUGUGCUUUGUUAUUGUGCUGUGGUUUGGAGCCAGCACAGAGGCGAAUUACAGCAUUUAGUAGGCCACAGGAGUGCAUGUGACUGGUGCAACACAUGGACUGAGUCACUCUGCCUUUUUUUUUUUUUUUUUCCUUUUCCAGAGAGGGGUUAUAUGGCCCUGUUAGUUCUUGGAACAAGCAUCCAGCUCGGAUCGGACUCUGCCUUUCUGGCACGCUGCCUAUUCUUAACCAACCCCCUCUUUUCUCUUUCCUUCUUAUGCUUGGAAGAUUCAAAGUCUGCCCCCAGACUUGGACUUCAAGCAGACCCCACCCAUGACCCCUCUGACUUUCUAACACGUGCCAUACAUUACAUUCUUCCCAGGGUGGUGAGGGAGUCGGGGGGGCAAUACUUUCGUCAUUCACUCUUCUUUUUGGUAAUGCACCCCCUCCUCCCUUCCCCUCCCUUCCCCUCCUCCUCUUGCCCCUUUUAUUUUAAACCUGCUCCAAUUUCCUGAAAUGCUCUGCAGGAACACGUGCACAGGGGUUUGAACUCUCAGUUGUUUCCAAAGCUCGUUGCCACAUUUAGCCUCUUGCGGGGCCCUGUGGUUGUGUGAUUGAGUGCAACUUGGAUUCUGUUCCUGUGCUAUCAUUCCACAAGUGCCACAGAGACCCAGUGAUGACACGUGAAGACCAAAUGAUAAAUUGUAAAGCGUAAUUCAGGUCAGGGGAAUGUGUGCAGAGGAGUGGGGUUGUGGUGCACUGUCAGUUGGAUUUAUUUGCAUAUUGUGCUGGAAAAUGUUUGCAAAUGGAAUGGCUCCUGUGUAUGCAGCAAAGACUAUUUCAUUUUUAUUUUUCUGUUGUGGUUAUAAGGAGCGCCGGAAGAAAAUUAAUCUGUUAUGUUUUGGAUGACAAGAGACGGUGAAUGAAAUGGAUUACAAAAUAAGCUGUGAAUGAGAGUCACAACACCUUUGAAUGAAUCAGGCGUAUUCAAAUCAUGGUUGAAUAUUCAGGAGAGACUGAAAAAGUACAUUGAAUAUAAUGUAUGGAGUUUUCAAUAUGUUACAUACGCACUGGGUGAUGUCAGUAGCAGCUCUUUUGUUACAGACAGUGAAUUUAACCUCAUGCUUUUGGUCAUGUCAGAUCGGUGGUUCAAAGAAAGGGGAGGAAACUCCUAUAUGAUUGGCUGCACCCUUCUCUUCCCCCCCUUUUUGUUGCUAUGGGUGACACAUUCCUUCUAUUGAUGCAACACCAACAUUGUCGCAACUGCUUCUGCCCAUCCGCCCCCCUAGCUACAGAGAAAUCUCAUCACUGUUUCUCUCUUUGUUUUAACUCUCCCCCAUUGAUCCCCAUUAAUUUCAUGCCCCCUCCACGUGCUUUCACCUCUGUCCAUAUUUACACAGUGUUGUAAUUCUCUUCCUCCUCGUUCAUUUCUCGCUUCUCUUUGUCUGUUUUUCUGAUCCGAGGCUUCACCUCUCUACAGCUCAGCUGACCUAUAUUUGCAGCGAGCCGUACAGUGAGGCUUGUGUUUACAGAGCACGGUCCCCAGUUUCUGGGUCAGUGGGACAUGCUGAGAAAAAGUCUCUGGGCUUGUCCUUUCUCUCUCGUGCCAACCAGCCACAUGUUAGAUAGUCACGUGGAUGUUCAGAAAUAAGCAGAGAAAAGAAAAAUCCAGACAUUUGCAAAAAAAACUGAAAUGUAGUUUUACGGAUUUUAACUUCUCUAGGUUUCUUCACUGUCCUUAGGUUUUCAUUGUUGUAUCUAGUCUAGAAUUCAUAUUCAGGUAAGGGUAUGCUUGUCGUUACGUAAUGGAGUCAGAACCAAGGGAAGAGACGAUAAAACUAGCACAAACACCUCACCAGAUUAUGAGAUUAAAGAUUCAGACAGUGUGCUCAUGUCUUUACAGCUAAACCGAUGAGUGCAGAUGUUGGGUAACACUUGUUUCCAGCUGUGGGUGAAGAUAAAUAUAACUCUUUAGGGCACGAAUAUCUCACUUUUUGAUAUAUUUAAGCUUAAGUCAAUUGCAGAACUGAAGGCUUGUGGACGUUAGAAGAGAGAAAGAGCCCUUUGUUUGCUGUUGAACAUUUUUAAAAAGAGUCAUGUGAAGAUUUCACGUGUGACCUUAUUUUUCUAGGAAGUGUUUAUGGGAUGUUUUCCUGCUGAUGUGCGGUGUGAAUACAGUGUUGUAAACAUAUCUUCAGAGGGUGCUUUUCUUCUCAUAGUCAUGCCCUAAUAAUUUCUGUCAUAUUUGUUUUGUCUUGUAACACACCUCUUCAGCUCAUUACAACUGAUUCCUUCGCUGCGUUCAAAUACUGACACACCUAUCUGCCGAGUUAUGAGACUUUCCAUUCGCCCUGAUGUUUCAGCCAAAUGUUUACAGGCCCUGUUAUUUCUACCCGUGCCCUGCCUCCCACCUCUUUCUUCCCAUGAGCCCCUGACCUAUAUUUAUUGAUGCCCCACCUCCUGGCUGCCCCCACUCCUCCAAAUCUCCCAGUCUCAGCCUCUUUAUCCUUGACCUGCACUGGCUGCAGCCUUUGUCUGCCUUAUCUUCUCACUAUGCAUCAUUGAUUUUGCGCUGAGUUGUUUUGGCAAGGACUGCGGCCACAUUCCUCAGCGGAUGAACACAUGGAGGGGGAUAGGCUUUGUUCGGGCAGUGUUUGUGGAUGAUGUCUCUUAGAGCGGUGGGCUGCCUUUUCAUGGGGAAGUUUUUAAAAUUAAAUAUUCUAAAAUGGAUCCAGGGAACACCACGGACUCUGCCUCUGACUCAUUCUUCGCUCUGUCUGGCCCAAAUAUUCAUCAGGCGAAGAAGAAAGAGCUUCUCUAAACACUAAAGCUAUUUUUGCUCUCGGCACGUGUUCGACUGAUGCGGUUUCUGUGCUGUUUGCGUAUUAAUUUCACAUGUGUUGGCAGAUUCUAGAGACGUGAGAGAUGUCCUCAUCGAUUUCCAGCUUUCUUUCAAUAAUGUGAACAGAGAUAUUUCUACAUUUCAAUCAUGAAAAAAGGCAGCAACAACUGAGUGACAAAAUCAGACACAAUUGUCAGCCUUGCAAUGAACUCAGUGCCCUCAUUACAUCACAAAAGUCAACAUCAGCAUAUCGGGCUAAGGGUCAGGGGUCAUAGGCUGCAGACAGAGCAUUCAAUAGCAAAGCUAAAAGGUCAGACAGCAAGGUCAAGUAACCAUUUACAAGUUGCCAGGGGAGAUGCUGUCAGUUAAAGCCAGACGGGCAGACAUGCAUUACCAGCAAAGAGAGGAUGUCUGGGUGUGUUCCUGGACGUUAUGCAUACUACAGGCCGGCUGUGGCUAAGCUGUAGAGUUCAAUCCCAAGGCUUUUCACAUGCCAAAGUGUCCUUGGGCAAGACACUUGACCCCACUGUGUGAAUGGAAGUAGUCAAAAACUUAUAGGCUUUAUACAUAGCAGUCUUGGUUAUCAUGGUGUGUGAAGGCGAGAAACUGCUAUAAGACCAUGGUCUAUUAUCAUUUAUGGAUUAACCACCAUUUUAUUUCCAAUAACUGAUUUCAAGUCUGAUGUUUGAAUGCACAAUAGAGCAAGUAAAGUUCGAAUUAAUAAAAAUAUCUUUUUCUCUGUUUUUGUUUCUGCAGCUUUUCAUCUCGCAAUCAACCACCUAGAAGAGACCCAGACAGAGGGAACUAGUCUCCCCAAGAGACUGACAUGCUGAGGUAGACAGGCUGCCCUACAUCCUGCUGGUUGAGAGGAGAUCAAAGACACUUGUAGAUCGGCUUAGUGGUGCCGUUCUUAUGCUAAACCUGGAUCAGACAACAACGGAAAAGCAAAAAGAGAAAGUGCUUUUUGAGACCGAUGUGAAGAGUCUGGACACUGAACCUCAAAGUGGAUAAAUGAGUGUUGCUAAUGCUAAGCACCAGCUGUUCUUUAUCCUUUGGGCAACUUGAGUCCCUUUUCGUCAGAACUCCACUGAACCUGCAAUAAACAGACCAAGAGCUUUGGGAGAAAAACUUUGAAAAGCGGUUUCCACCCGCUCCUUCCCUUGUCCUCUGAACUGAUUCUUCCCUAGUUGUUUAGGACACAUUUCAAACUGGCUGCCGUAAGACAAGAAUGGAAAAUCUGACUUCAGCUCUAAAGACAUUAAACAAAACCUCAGGGACUAACCUAAACUGCCUUGAGACCUUCAGUGGUUACGAAGAUUCUUCUGUCCCAGGGAGUCCAGCUCGCCUCGGCCGCCUCAUCAAGCCUAAACCCAACAUGACCUGCAGGCGGAAACGCGAAUUUAUCUCUGAUGAGAAGAAGGACGCCUCCUAUUGGGAGAAACGGCGCAAAAACAAUGAAGCAGCCAAACGCUCCAGGGAAAAGAGACGUCUCAAUGACAUGGUUUUGGAGAAUCGUGUUAUUGCACUGAAUGAUGAGAAUGUGAGGCUUAAAACAGAGCUGCUCCAACUGAAGCUGCGCUUUGGCCUUAUAAGCACUGCUUCCUACAUCGAAAAGAGCCAACAGAUUAGUGGAGGCAACAACACAGGAAAUGGAGGCUCCUCCUCCUCUUCUUCUACCCAGUACUACUCCAGUGGUUACUCUAGUAGUUCUCAGGUGUUGAUGAACUCUGAUUCAUCAGAAACGGAGCAGUCAGGGCACGGUGAAGGCCACAGGCAGCUGGUGAAGUACUCUCCACGUGGCUCCCUCUCUGACAUGUCAGAUGGAUCCUCGAGGGACAGCCCUGAGCCAAUCCCCUUUGAGAUCAAACAGGAGGGUGACAGGCUGGAGAUGGACAUUGCCAAUGGCACAACCACUCAGAUCAUGUUCAACAUCCACCGUGGUCUUGCCUCUGUGCCCACUCACCACCAAAUCCAGCAGCACUCUCAGGAGUUGGAGGCUGCGUAUCAUGGCCAGCAACAGCAGCAGCAGCAUCACCUUCACCAACACCAACCCCAUCAGGAGCCUGUUACCACUAUCAACACUGUCAGCCAGCCUGCUCCUCACCCGCCUGCUGCCCAGAGAAGUGUCAUUCUGUAUGGUUCCAGUAGUGCCUCCUAUCCGAUGGACACCCUACCCAGGUCCAUGGACAUCAAUCUGCACUCACCCCAGAAGCACAUCGGCGGUAGCAGCCAACUACCGCAGCCCAUCACUGAGGGAUCUACUGAGGUGCUGACUGAGGUGAAAAAGCAGCUAGAGAGGAAGUCAGAUCAAUCAUCGUACGAGCUCUCAGACAGCCACGGUGAGCCUAGAGAUGGACAGAAUCACAAAUUUUGCCAACUUCCCCAGCAACACCCACAGCAGGAGCAGCAGCAGUACCAGCAAGAGGGUGAAACAUCUGCACGGAUCCUCCACAAACAACUAGAGGGGUUAAACCAAUCCAACCUGUACCACCAUCUCCAACAGCCUCAUCAUUUAUACCUCAGUGCCCAAGAUGAGGAGCCACCUGUGCUUACCUACGAAGGUGGGCCCAGAAAGGAGGUGUACUACCCAGGCCAGGCUGGCACCUCCAGCAAAGACACCUCAUCCAGUGAUGGAGAUCCUCGCAGCUCUGACAAGGAGGCCUCUACUGAUGAUGAUGACUUCCCUUCAUCGUCCUGCUCAGAUGCCGGCAGCUACAAAAACCAACGUCUCUCCGGCCUUCAACCUGCCUCACCUAGGCCCUCCUCCCAGGGCUGCGCUCAGGCUCAGGGCCGAGAUCCUCAGGGGGAGGUGAAGGGCACGGCUUUGCCUCACAAACUCAGACUCAAACACAGGGCCAUGAGCUCUGGGAGCAGCAGUGGUCACUCUUCUGGCCAAGAGUCCCCGACAACACCUCCCACUGCGACGCCGCCCCCCCUGCCCCAACAUCCCUACUUGUCCCUCAUGCAACAACAGAACAUUAACCAGGAGAGCCUAGAUGGAGAGACCUCGGUGGAGGGGGCCAGAAAAGAGAGUGGGAGAAAAGAGACAAGUGGACGACGAAAUAAGAGGCGAGAUUAGGUGACUCUUUUAAGACAUAAGACAUUUCUUGUCUAAGAACUACCCUGCCGUCAUGCCUUUGCCCUAUAAUCGAAUACCCUUCGAAAGCCCCUGGGACAGGAAGCUGGGCUUUUCUAUUCCCCUGCCCUUUUGAAUAUCACCAAAAAGAAUGGACAACUCGUAGGGCUGUAUCAUAUUUGUAUAUAUUGUACAGAUUUAUGAUUUCUUACAUCCUCUCCAUACUUACAGAAGCACUUUUGUUUAUAUGAUAAGAGGAGGAAUGGAACUGCCUGCUUUUCUACCUUUUUCAUCCAUCAGUAUCCAGCAGUAUCCAGCAGCUAUCAUCAACAUUUUGAUCACUUAAAAAUAAGAAUGUAGGAAAAGUUUUGAGCUUUAUUAGUACUAUAAAUUUGGUACAUAUCUGACUGUAGACAAACAUACACUUGUAUGGCUAUCUGCCUUAAUUAAAAUCAAAUGCAAACAUGCACUGGGGACAUUCCCUAGACCAAAGAAGCACCAACACUACAAAUAUUAAGUUCCAUACCUCUUCCCAGACCCUACCUCUACCCUUACUUUCCAAGUCAUCUCCUUUAUUACACGAAAGAUCGCCAUCACCUUUAUUUUUUAAGCACUUGUUUUGUAUAUUACUGUGAUAUAUGAAUAUAUGUAUCUACUAUAUAUAUAUAUUUUACAAAGAAAUUUGAAUACAAAUUCAACAAAAUUAGACAAACCAAUAGCAGUAAAAGAGGGUUUUGAAAGUGACCAUCCUAUCUCGAAUCAUUACUGUACAGCCACAUUUUUGCUACAGGACCCAUUUGAAUUAAAAUGCCUCACUUCUGAUUGUUAAGCUGUAGCAUUACACAUUUGUUAAUGGCCUGUUUACACAAAAAAGGCUGUCCAGUUUGGAGCGCCAACAGCACUGAAUGGAGAACAUGUUGUUUCCUGAGGCGAGGGCCUCAUUAAAAUGUUUGAAUUUCUUUACCUUUAACCAGCCUUUAAAUAUUUGGUGGGAUUCACCAGCUGCAGGCUUUAAGCCUUUAGUUUCUUUGAGCUUUAUCAACCAUAUCUUCAUGUUGUUGAUGUUGUUACCAUUCACUGGCCCAAUGUAUUUAUUUCCCUUUUCUUCACAUGCCCAUCACUGUGGAAAAGCCCACAGGAACAUAGACGGAGAAUGUGUACAGACCUUUAGAUUCAUACCACAGCCUUGAGUUUAAUCUGUAAUGUAGGCAUGGGAGGCUAUGGGCGAAAACAGGUAAUCAAAUUCAUGUAAUUACAUUACAGCACACUGAGUUUGCAUUUCAAGUAACAAAAAGAGCUUUUUUGAAAUAAAAUGAGGUUUCAUGAUGUGACCAUGAUGUGAUUAUUAUCCAGCCUUUAAAAAAAAUCAGCUUUUGUGAAAAUAUUUUCUCUAAACAAAAUUUUGACUAAAAUCAGAGAAGCUCUAAGCUGAGAGCGCUUUCAUUACUGCUUGUAGUCGAGGAAUAUUGAUUAGUCCCUUUAAGGCAAGCUUUGGUUAUAAAUGAGAAGGAAGUUCUCGAGGAAAACAAGCUCAUAGGCCAACACCCAAUGGAAGAAUCCAUUUACAAUCACUGACAAUAAAGUGUGUAAUUAAUCUCUAUGAACAGAUGUCUGCUUAUGAGAAGAUUAAUUAAACAAUCCUUUCCCAGAUCCUCAAAUAGAUAUCCCUUUUGUGCCUAAAUGUGCUGUUCAGACUGUGACGAUGACCAUCUCUAAAGGGUGAGGAAGUCAAAGUUGCAUUAUCUGAUUUCAGCUCUCUGUUAUCUACUGGUGACAUUAGAAGCCCCAAAAAUUGGUUGUUGCCCUGAGAGGUUUUAACUUCAUAACAGGACUGAAGAGCUCAGGGCUGCUGUGAAUUGAAAGCUGAGGAGAAAUCACGUUUAAGUUUAUAAUUUCCAAACAACAAUUUGAAGAUGAAUUAGGAAACAACAGCUUCCCAUGUGCCUCGAUUAUUUAUUUUUCAGAGGGAAGUCAUCCCUUUUCAUGGUAGUUCUGCUUCUGGGCAGCGAUGAAUUCCCUGCACUGGAUCCUCCUUUAACAAAAGUCUAUGUACCAUGUUUGGCUUUCGGUGCUUGUGUAUAAAUGUAAAGCUUUCCCAACCCUCAACAACACUGUAAUGUUUAUUUCAUUGGUUUUUUAUAUCCUCUUUUUUCGUCAAGGUGUUGCUCUGUUUUUCCUUUUUACUGUGUCUUUUCUCCUAUUGACAGUGAUGACAUGUAUUUGCCUCAUUUCUCCUCCCCCCUUCCGACUUUUUUCAGUGUGUAUAAAUCAGUAAUGUUUGUGGUUUUUGCUGGUGGUUUUAUGAAAAAGACAAGAGGAGAAAAAACAGGUGAAGAUAGAGUGGUGUUAACAGAUGGGUGGUGGUUGGACUGGUUGGUCAUUACCAUCACUUCCUUUUGACAUGAAUAUGUAUGUAAAGACACUAAUGUUCAUUGUGAAAGAUAGGAGCAUUUCAAGACCGAAAAAAUAAAUUAAAAAAAUGUUGAAUUUAUCAACAUAUCAUGUAAA